UGGAUAAGUUCCUAUAAGCUAUGUUUAGCUUUCUUCAUUUCAGUUUGUCUUUUAUAGCGAGAGGUCACUAUUAUCUCUACAACAUGUUAGCAAAGCAUUGUGAGGAUUUGUUUUUUUAUUUUGCUACAUUUUUAGCAUCUAAACAUUACGACAUAUUUCAUACAGUUUACGUUAACAAUGGAAAACUCAAUUUUUUGUGUGUUUGAAAUAACUUUGUUUACACAUACAGUACUACUGAGAUGCAAAUAAGGAAGUGUACUUUGACUGUAACCUUUGUGUUCACACUUUAACGGACAAAUGCACACCUGAAAGCCACAGAGGAAAAAAGUUAACAUUUUGUUUAUUUAUUUUAACCACUUUUGAGAAUGACUGAUUUCUAUGAUGCCAACUUACAUCGAGUUUCAUUAAAGAUUAAUAUUUUAUUUAUUUAUUUUUCGACCUUGUCAGCUGUUCUGGUUCCUGUCUUUGCUUUCACUAUUUUGUGAAAGGAUCAACAAAAAGGAAGGAAGAGUGAGAGAGAAAGAGGAGGAGAUAGUGUGAAGAGGUUCAGGGACCAGCCGAGAAGAGGACUUUUGGCUUUUUGCUUUCCUGAGAGUCAAGCACAACCUAAAGCCAGGAAGGAGAGAACGGGUAAUUCAAUUUAGACACCAAAAUAAGGGCAGGUAGGAGGUAACUGUUGCCAGCCAGCCAACCGGUCUUGUUCGGUUCUGACCCAGACACGUCAUGGUUCGGUGGUUCCACAGAGACAUCACAGGCCUGCAGGCCGAGGAUAUACUCAAGACUCACGGCAUCCACGGCAGCUUCCUGGCCCGACCCAGCAAGAAGAGCGUGGGGGAUUUCUCCCUGUCUGUCAGGGUGGGUGAGCAAGUGACUCACAUCCGGAUCCAGAACACGGGGGACUACUACGACCUUUACGGCGGUGAAAAGUUUGCCACGCUGUCCGAGCUGGUGGAGUACUACACAGCCGACAAUGGCAUUUUGCAGGACAAGGACGGCACAGUCAUCGAGCUCAGAUACCCUCUCAACUGCUCCGACCCCACUACUGAGAGGUGGUACCACGGUCACCUGUCCGGUCCAAACGCUGAGAAGAUGCUGAUUGCUCGAGAUGAUUCUGGGACCUACCUGGUCAGAGAGUCGCUGUCUAAGCCCGGAGAUUUUGUGCUGUCCUGUCUGACGGAUGAACGGACCAAAACGGGAGUGAGGAGAGUGUCCCACAUCAAGAUCAUGUGUCAGAAUGACCGAUAUACCGUGGGAGGCUCGGACUUGUUUGACACACUCAGCGACUUGGUGGAGUUCUACAAACGCAAAGGCAUCGAGGAAAUCUCUGGCAACUGGGUGCAUCUCAAACAGCCAUAUUACUCAACCAGGGUGAACGCAGCCGACAUCGACAGCAGAGUGAAACAACUGGACCAAACCACACAACAGCAGCAGGAUACAGAAGGCGGGAAAAGCAAGGCGGGUUUCUGGGAGGAAUUCGAUGCUCUUCAAAAGUUGGAGGCAAAGGUCAAAAAGAGUCGAGAGGAAGGUCAGAGACCAGAAAACAAGAGCAAGAACAGAUACAAGAACAUUCUGCCGUUCAAUGACACAAGAGUCACCCUGCAGGACGCUGACCCCAACAUGGUGGGUUCAGAUUACAUCAACGCCAACUAUGUGCGGAACACGUUGAUGGAGUCUGAGAAUCCUAAAGUUUACAUUGCCACUCAAGGUUGCCUGGCAACAACCGUCAACGACUUCUGGCAGAUGGUUUGGCAAGAGAACUCCAGGGUUAUCGUUAUGACGACCAGGGAGGUUGAGAAAGGGCGGAAUAAAUGUGUGCCAUACUGGCCCAACGGUGAGACCUCAAAGGAGGUGGGCGCCUAUGUGGUGACCUCCACGUUAGAAAGGGAAGCAUCAGAUUACAAAGUCAGAGUCCUGGAGAUUGCUCCUGUAAAUAAGCCCAAACAAUCCCGCACCGUGUGGCACUACCAGUACCUGAGCUGGCCUGAUCACGGCGUCCCCCAAGAGCCGGGCGCCAUCCUCAGCUUCCUUACCCAAGUCAACGCCAAACAGGCCGAAUAUACCGAUGCUGGUCCCAUGAUCAUCCACUGCAGUGCUGGGAUCGGUCGGACGGGCACCAUCGUGGUGAUUGACAUGAUCAUUGAGACCAUUGACACCAUCGGUCUAAACUGUGACAUCGACAUCUCCAAGUACAUUCAGAUGGUGCGGGAGCAGCGUUCUGGCAUGGUGCAAACCGAGGCCCAGUACAGAUUCAUCUACCUGGCCGUUUCUGAGUACAUCCAGACCACCAAAGCCAAAGAUGGCGCCUCCAUGGAAGCCGAGACAGAGUAUGAAAAUUUACAAAUCAAACACAUGCCGCCCAGCAGGAACACCACAAAAAACAAGGAGGAUGUGUACGAGAACUUGAGCAAAGCAAAGAAAGACAAGAAGAAGGCAAAGUCAGACAAGAAGAGUGGCUCGUUAAAGAAGAAAUAAUAACAGGAGUAUAUUUUUAAGUCAUGAUGUGUUAUUUAUGUCGGACCAUUUUGCCUUCUCUCACUCUUUAACAAACCUUUAACAAAACAUGAAGGUGAAUGGUUAAGUAAAGUAACACAGUAUGAAUUUAUACACAUAUGAAUAAAUAGUCGUGAUAAACA